AUGCCAAAUAGAGUACAGUUGGAUGAACCAUCUAUUUCUGUACAUAAAUUCUUGACUAGACAUGCUGUAGAUGUUAGUAUUGCACAGGUAGGAAGUUCAUCUCUUAGAAAUGCUAACUUGGAUAUGUUUGGGCAACCUCCCCCUGAUUAUAUUCCUGGUAAAGGGCGAGGUGCUAUAGGUCUUGCUAGUGGUGUAAGUCGUGAUGACUCUACUAUUAAUGCUGAUUUUGACAAAGGUGAUUAUUCUGAUGCGAAAUUUGACAAAUUUACGGGAUUUUCUGAAGCCCUAUUUAAAGAUUCAACUUAUGAAGAAGAUGAUAGGAUAGCCGACUUUAUAUAUAGCCAAGUCGAUAGGAAACUUAAAAGUCGAAGUAAGAAGAAUGAAGAACUUAAACUGAUUGAUAAAUCUACAAAAGAUAGAAGUAAUUUAAUACAAAGACAGUUUUUAGAAUUAAAGAGUUCCUUGAAUAAAGUUAAGUUAGAAGAAUGGGAUAGUAUUCCAGAUAUUGGGGACUAUUCAUUGAGGCUGAAACAGCAGAAAAAGCAAAAAUUAGAAGUACCAUUACCUGAACAUGUAAUGCACUCUACAAUAUUAAACAACUCGGAUCACCUUCUAAACAUUCAAGCUUUUGACCAAACAGUAACAAGUAGCAUACUUAAUAGCUAUCCGAGUUCCAAUAUAUUAACAAAUUCAAAUACAAAUGAUCUGAAAAUUAAUCAGAAUAUAAAUGAAUUAGGUAAAGCUAAAGGAAAUAUUUUGUCUCUAAAAUUAGAUAGAGCAAUGGAUAAUGUUUCAGGGCAAUCUGUAGUUGAUCCAAAUGGCUAUUUGACAUCAUUAAAUUCAAUUAAUAUUAGAUCAGAUAGUGAUAUAUCUGAUAUCAAGAAAGCAAGACUACUGCUGAAGUCUGUUAUCACAACAAAUCCCUACCAUGCCCCGGGUUGGAUAGCGGCUGCUAGACUGGAAGAACUUGUAGGAAAACUAUCAGUAGCACGUGAAAUUUUACUGAAAGGGUGUCAAACCUGCCCUAGAAGUGAAGAUAUAUGGCUUGAAAGAAUUCGUUUGGAGAAGGAAGAAUUAGUAGAUAAUGUAAUUGCACAGGCAGUUAAAAGUAGCCCAUCAUCAAUUCGUCUAUGGCUCAAAGCAAGUGAAAGGGAGACUAAUCCACAUCGACGAUUAUCUGUGAUUCGGAAAGCUUUGGAAUUUAUUCCAAACUCAAUCAAAUUAUGGAGGGAAGCUAUAGAACUUGCUGAUAGUAAAAUGGAAAAGACUUUAUUAGUUCGUGCUGUAGAGUGUGUCCCACAAUCAGAAGAAAUGUGGUUGAGACUAGCAAGUAUUAGUAAAUAUAAAGAUGCACAGCGAAUCUUAAAUGAUGCUAGGAAAAAGCUACCAACUAACCCUAUGAUAUGGAUAGCAGCAGCAAAGCUCGAGGAGAGUAAUGGAAGCACAGCAAUGGUAGAUAUUAUAAUUAAACGUGGUAUUGAUAGUUUAUCAUCAAAAGGAUUUAUUCACUCUAGACAAGAGUGGUUAGAUUUAGCUCAACUUUCUGAAAAGGAUGAUCACCCUAUAACAUGUUUAGCCAUUAUUAAAAAUACUAUUACUAUGGGGCUAGAAGAAAAGAGCAUAAAAAGUACUAUUCUUGAAGAUGCACGUAAAUUUACAGAAAAGUUAUAUAUAAUAUGUGCAAGAUCAACGUAUAAAACUGCUUCAGACCUUUUUAAAUUAAAGAAAAGCGUUUGGUUAGCUUGGAUUGACUUUGAAGAAAAACAUGGUUCACCAAGUGACUUUCAAGAUGUCAUUCAGAAAUCUCUAUUUCAUUGUUCAAAUAAGGAAAUUCUGUGGUUGCGAGCAACUAGAUAUCAAAGAGAUCAUGGUGAUAUUGAAGCUGCACGUUGCACUCUUUCUAAAGCCUUUACUGCAGAUAUUAAGGAUAAGGAAGCUAUUAUAUUAGCAGCAGCUGAGCUUGAAAGAGAUGUUGGUGAAUUUCAUCGUGCAAGAGUUCUUCUUGAGAAAGCACGGUCACAUUCUUCAACUGUUAAUAUAUGGACUCACUCAAUUCAACUCGAGCGACAACUCAGAGAAUACGAUAAAGCAAUAAGUAUCUGCAUAGAAGCAAUAAAAUUUCAUAACUAUAUACCAGACCUGUGGAUGAUAUAUGGACAAAUUUACUGUGACAAAGGUACAGAUUUUUUAGAUCAAGCUUUAGAUAUUUUUGAGAAAGGUUUACUUUUAUGUCCAAACUCAGUGGACUUGUGGCUAGCUGCAACAGAUAUAUUAAUAGGAAAAAAGGAUUGGAAGAAGGCUAGAACUAUGCUGGACCGUGCAAGACUGAAGAAUCCAAAAACACCUGAGUUAUGGUUAGCUACAAUAAGAUUGGAAGAGAGUGCAGGGAAUAGCUCAAUUACUCAACAGAUUAUGUCAAAAGCAUUACGAGAAUGUCCUAGUUCAGGAAUUUUAUAUGCAGAAGCUAUAUUUUUAGAAUCAAAUAUUAGAAGGUCUAUAUCUCUUUUAGCUCUAGAAAGAUGUGAAAAUGACCCAUAUGUAAUUUCUGCUAUUGCUAGACUAUUUUGGAAUGACAAGGACAUUCCGAAGGCAAGAAAGUGGUUUAAUAGUGCACUGAAAAUUGAUGAUAAGAUAGGCGAUACAUGGAUUUACUAUAUUGCCUUUGAGAUUUCCCUGGGAGAUGAGGACUCACAGAUAAGUGCACUUCAAUCUUGCAUAAAUUCAAAUCCUUAUAAGGGAAUAAUGUGGAAUAAAGUUGUAAAAAGGGUGGAGAAUUGGAACUUAAAGUGCGCAGAUAAACUCCGAACAUGUUUGUUGGAAUACUACCCUGAAUAUCAAGAAAGUUUGAACAUUUGUGAUAAAACCAAGAUUCUCUUGAAUAUAGUAAACUAGCCUAUGACAUUAAAUUGAUCUCUUUGUUUAUGUAUUUUGAAAAUAAGCAAGUAAACCUCACUUCACAUAGUGUGGUUUUCAAACUUCUUUUAUACUAAUAUACUUCUACAAAUUAAUGAGUAGUAAAUAUCCAAUCAAAUUGUUGGAUAACCAACGCAAUUAUUUUAAUAAUAGCUUGGGUAAUAAAUUGGAAUAAAAUCCUACUUGAAUCCUGCUUUUUGCAACACCCCUA